AUGUCUGGUAAGUUUUGGCGCUGGCAAUUUUAUAAAAAACUUAGGAAAUCUCUUAAACAAAAUUCAAAUUUUCAAAUCAAUAAUAAGAGACUACUGUUCUCUGAAAACAGUUUUUACUACUCAUUCGCACAAUUAUCAGAUGAAAUGAAUGUAACAGAGGAUUUCAAGUAUAUAUUCAAGUUUUUGAUUAUUGGAGCUGCAGGCUCUGGCAAGACAUGCAUCCUACGGAGGUAUACAGAAGGCAAAUUUAUACCAAAUAUGCCUCAUACAAUUGGUGCAGAGUUUGGCAGUAAAAUUUUAAAUGUGGAUGGGACUUCGGUGAAAAUUCAAAUAUGGGAUACUGCAGGUCAAGAGCGUUUUCGAUCAAUGGCUCGUUCUUAUUAUCAUGAUGCUGUUGGUGCAUUACUUGUCUAUGAUAUAACAAAUCGUGAUUCAUUCAAUGAACUUACCCAUUGGUUAUCUGAUGCUCGAACACUUGCUUCACCUGAUAUCAUGAUUGUAUUGGUUGGAAAUAAAAAAGAUUUACAGGAUACUGAUGGACAAGUAACACAAUGGGAGGCUAGUGCAUUUGCUCAAGAUAAUGAUUUAUACUUCCUAGAAACAUCUGCAUUAACUGGUGAAAAUAUUGAUGAAGCUUUUUAUCAAUGUGUACGUAAUUUAAUUAUGAAAAUUAAUAAUGGUGAAUUAGAUCCUGAUCGAUUAAAGUGUACACGACAACCCCAGAGUGGUGUUGGUGGUAGUGGUAUUUUAACAUUUAAUGAACGUCCUAAACUGAAUUCCUUACCACCAGUCCGUGUACAAAAUGAUUCAACGCUUUCUUAUGAAUGUAAUUGUUAAUAAAGCGAUUCUUUUUAAAUAAUAAUAAUAAUAAUGUAAAAUAAUGGAGAAGAUGAAAAGAAAAUAUUAAAGUGAACACUGUGAUUUUUAAUGCUUGCCUGGUCAGAAUUCAUUUUAAAAGCAUUCAGCACAAUUGUAUUUUACAUGUUGUAUGCGUUUUGUCGUCUCUAAUUUAUGCGUGCUUAUGUGUAUGUGUGAUUGAAUGAAUGAGAAAAGAAGUCAAAAUUAUAUUUUUUCUAUUUAUUUAUUUAUUUAUAAAUAUGUGCUUUUUGAUCUCAUCAACUCUUUGCUACUUCUAUAUUUUUUAUUUAUAUUUUAUAUCUCUAUUUUUGACUGACUUUCAUGCAUUCAAUGCUUUCCUAAUUUCAUCCCUGAGUUCGAGUCCCUGCUUGAAAUUCAUUUCGCUUGAUCGAUAAUGAUAUAUACCCGUGUGACGUAUAUUUUUGUCAUGCCUUAGCAUUGUAUUAUAAGUGUUUCCUGUGCUACUUACUUAGUUAGUUAGUUAGUGAAAAUUCGCUUACCCGGUAUCGAUUUACGAGCCACAUACACUUAUCGUAUGUGUGUGUGUGUGUGUGCGGCAACUGUUGAUAUUACGGAGCAAGAUUCAAAGCCGGGGGCUGAGUGUUCCACCUUGAGAAUGUUGCUGAUGUGGUUCAAAAUCGAUCUCAAUCGUCUCGAUCUAUUAGCUCCUCAUGUUUCUCAAUUGUAUUUAUUCAUUCUCUCGCUUACAAUUUUUACUCACAUCAUUGUAGUUCUUUUGAAUUUGUCUUAGUUUUCCCUAGUUUUGCAUGCUACAUGGAGGGAGUGUGACAACUUGAACUGGUACGCUUCUGUUAGCCACAUCUUCCUAUAAUUGUUUCCUUUGUAUUACUAUACUGUUGAUGGGAAAGAGGUUGCCAUUUCUCCGCCUCUUUAUUUUUGACAAAAAACAACUGUAACCUGAGUGAGUGAUUGUGUGUAAUACGUUUCUCACUGAUAAUUACCAUCAUUAUCGAUGGUCUGUCCUUUUUUUUGCAUUUCGCUUUCCGCUUGAUUCGUGAUGUAUGUAUUUGUAAAUAUAUUAUUGAUGUUGUAUGUACC